GCCUGACGGACAGAGGUCCUGGGCCGCCACGGGCUCCCAUGGAGCCGGCCCCCUGAGGCGGAAGGCUGAUCAGCGGCGGUGGCCCUCUCCUCCCCGCCCCAGCCCAGCGAUGCGGGCCGGGCCCCUCGGCGCAGAUAUAUUUAAAGAAAAUAAGCGAGUCUUCCCCUCGGAGCCUCACCUCGGGGCCGAGCUGGGGAUCCUCACCUCGGGGCCGAGCUGGGGAUCCUCGUGGGCAGGGAGCCAGAUCGAAUGGGCCUGUGGCUGCCGGGGCACAGGGACGACACUCAGAAGGACUGACUUCAGCCUGGGUACCAUUUGGAUAGUACUUUAGUGGCACAAUGUACUCUGAGUGGCGGUCACUCCAUUUGGUUAUUCAGAAUGAUCAGGGUCAUACUAGUGUACUUCACAGCUACCCUGAUAGUGUUGGACGAGAUGUUGCAAAUGCAGUAGUCCGUCCUCUUGGACAAGCCUUAACUGCCUCUUCAGGGGCUGGAAGUGAAAGUUUGUUAAAAACAGACAAAGAAGUAAAAUGGACCAUGGAAGUGAUUUGCUAUGGACUAACCCUUCCAUUGGAUGGUGAUACUGUAAAAUACUGUGUGGAUGUGUAUACAGAUUGGAUUAUGGCCCUAGUAUUACCAAAAGACUCCAUUCCAUUGCCAAUCAUCAAAGAGCCCAAUCUAUAUGUUCAAAACAUUUUAAAACACCUGCAAAAUCUUUUUGUACCAAGGCAGGAACAGGGGUCCAAUCAGAUUAGACUGUGCUUACAAGUUUUGCGAGCCAUCCAGAAACUAGCCCGUGAAUCAACCAUCAUGGCACGAGAAACAUGGGAAGUUUUAUUAUUAUUUCUCCUGCAGAUUAAUGACAUACUUCUGGCAAUGCCUACUAUUCAAGGUGGCAUUGCUGAGAAUCUAGCAGAGAAGUUGAUUGGUGUUCUUUUUGAGGUUUGGUUACUAGCUUGUAUGCGUUGUUUCCCCACUCCACCUUAUUGGAAAACUGCCAAGGAGAUGGUGGCCAACUGGAGGCAUCAUCCAGCUGUGGUGGAGCAGUGGAGCAAAGCAAUUUGUGCACUCACUUCUAGAUUACUACGUUUUACAUAUGGUCCUUCAUUUCCUCCAUUUAAAGUUUCUGAUGAAGAUGCCAGUCUUAUCCCUCCUGAAAUGGAUAAUGAAUGCAUUGCACAGACAUGGUUUCGCUUUUUACAUAUGUUAAGUAAUCCCGUGGAUUUGAGUAAUCCAGCCAUUAUAAGCUCUACUCCCAAAUUUCAGGAACAGUUCCUGAAUGUGAGUGGAAUGACACAAGAAUUGAAUCAAUAUCCCUGCCUUAAACAACUGCCUCACAUAUUUUUUCGUGCCAUGCGUGGAAUCAGCUGCUUGGUGGAUGCAUUCCUAGGUAUUUCUCGGCCUAGAUGUGACAGUGCUCCACCCACACCAGUAAACAGAUUAAACCUCCCCCAGAGCUCUGCCAGCAGCACAACUCCCCCCCACAAUCGAAGACAUAGAACAGUUACUGUGAAUAAGGCAACCAUUAAGACUACCACAGCUAAUGUUGGUCAUGCCUCUAAAGUCCCACACCAGACGUCUUCCACUUCUCCACUGUCUAGUCCCAACCAGACUAGUUCAGAGCCUAGACCGCUGCCUGCUCCAAGAAGGCCUAAAGUGAACAGCAUCUUGAAUCUCUUUGGAUCGUGGUUAUUUGAUGCAGCAUUUGUUCACUGUAAGCUUCACAAUGGGUUAAACAGAGACAGCAGCAUGACUGCAUCUUUUAUCCAAAUUCUUCUUUCUUAUAAAUCUUCUAUGACAACACAAACUAAUGUGGAGUUUCGUCGAAAAGGGUCACAAAUGUCCACAGAAACAGUGACUUCCAGUACCAUGUUGGAUGCAAGUGAAUUUCCUGAUAACUAUGAAGCAGGAAGAGCUGAGGCUUGUGGGACACUGUGUAGGAUUUUUUGUAGCAAGAAGACUGGAGAAGAGAUUCUACCAGCUUAUUUAUCCAGAUUUUACAUGCUUUUAAUUCAAGGUUUGCAGAUAACUGAUUAUGUAUGCCACCCUGUCUUGGCCAGCAUUAUUCUAAACUCACCUCCUUUGUUCUGCUGUGACCUGAAAGGGAUUGAUGUUGUGGUUCCUUACUUUAUUUCAGCUCUUGAAACCAUAUUGCCUGAUAGGGAACUCUCAAAAUUCAAAACCUAUGUAAACCCAACAGAGCUGAGAAGAGCCUCUAUUAAUAUCCUACUUUCCUUGUUGCCACUCCCUCAUCAUUUUGGCAAUGUCAAAUCAGAGGUGGUUCUGGAAGGAAAGUUUAGUAAUGACGACAGCUCUUCAUAUGAUAAACCAAUAACUUUUCUGUCACUGAAAUUGAGGCUUGUGAAUAUACUAAUAGGUGCCUUGCAAACUGAAACGGACCCCAACAACACUCAGAUGAUAUUAGGUGCGAUGUUAAAUAUUGUUCAAGAUUCAGCACUUUUGGAAGCCAUUGGCUGUCAGAUGGAAAUGAAUGGUGAAGAAAACCUGAAAAGUCAUAGUCGUACUAAUAGCGGCAUUAGUUCAGCAAGUGGAGGAAGCACAGAACCUACAACCCCAGACAGUGAAAGACCUGCCCAGGCUCUUCUAAGGGAUUAUGCUCUUAAUACAGAUACAGCUGCUGGACUCCUGAUUCGCAGCAUUCACCUUGUAACCCAAAGACUCAAUUCUCAGUGGCGUCAGGACAUGAGCAUAUCAUUGGCUGCAUUAGAACUUCUUUCUGGACUGGCAAAGGUAAAGGUGAUAGUCGACUCAGCAGACCAAAAAAGAGCCAUUAGUUCAAUAUGCAGUUACAUUGUGUACCAGUGUAGUCGGCCAGCCCCAUUUCACUCCAGAGAUCUUCACUCCAUGAUUGUUGCAGCUUUUCAGUGUCUUUGUGUCUGGCUGACAGAGCAUCCUGACAUGCUUGAUGAAAAGGAUUGCUUAAAAGAGGUACUAGAGAUUGUGGAAUUGGGUAUCUCAGGAAGCAAGUCCAGGAAUAGUGAACAAGAGGUCAAAUACAAAGGGGAUAAGGAGCCAAACCCUGCAUCGAUGAGGGUAAAGGAUGCAGCUGACGCUACUCUUACAUGCAUCAUGCAGCUACUUGGUGCAUUCCCUUCACCCAGUGGUCCUGCCUCUCCCUGUAGCCUGGUGAAUGAAACUACCUUGAUCAACUGCUCCAGGCUGCCUACUCUAAACAGACACAGUUUCCGGUACUUUGUCUUGGAUAAUAGUGUCAUCCUUGCAAUGCUGGAGCAACCCCUAGGAAAUGAUCAGAAUGAUUCUUUCCCAUCAGUCACUGUUUUGGUCCGUGGAAUGUCUGGAAGGCUUGCUUGGAUCCAACAGCUUUCCCUUUUACCAAGAGGGGCAAAAGCGAAUCAGAAGCUUUUUGUGCCAGAAUCUCGUCCUCUUCCUAAAAAUGAUGUUGGAAUUAAAUACACAGUGAAGCAUCGACCAUUUCCUGAAGAAGUGGACAAAAUUCCUUUUGUCAAAGCAGAUCUGAGCAUUCCUGACUUACAUGAAAUUGUAAAUGAGGAAUUAGAAGAGACACAUGAAAAAUUGAGGAAUGGCAUGGCCCAGCAGAUCUCUUAUGAAAUAUCCAUUGAGCAGCAAAGUGAAGAGGAGUGGCGAAAGAAAAGCUUCCCUGACCCUAUUACUGACUGUAAACCCCCAUCUCCUGCCCAGGAAUUCCAAACAGCACGCCUUUUUCUUUCACACUUCGGGUUUUUGUCAUUAGAGGCAUUAAAGGAACCUGCAAAUAGUCGUCUACCUCCUCAUCUUAUUGCACUUGACUCAACCAUAUCUGGAUUUUUUGAUGAUCUUGGCUACUUGGAUCUCUUGCCAUGUCGCCCCUUUGAUACAGUUUUUAUUUUCUACAUGAAAGCAUUCCAGAAAACAAGUCAAGAGAUUCUGAAGAAUGCUGAGUCUUCCAAAAAUGUUCAGCCACAUUUCUUAGAAUUUUUAUUGUCUCUUGGCUGGUCGGUGGAUAUAGGCAAACACCCUGGUUGGACUGGACAUAUUUCAACAAGUUGGCCUAUUAAUAGUUACAGUGAUACAGAUGUAACUGAACAAGAGGAAAUAGUUCAAUGUGAAGAUACUGGAGCAAGUAUUUUCAAUGGACAGAGGAAGGUUUUGUAUUAUGCUGAUGCCCUUACAGAAGUGGCUUUUGUUGUUCCUUCAUCUGUGGAAUCUUUAACUGAUUCCCUGGAGAGCAACAUCUCAGACCCAGAAAGUGAUUCAAAUAUGGACCUUCUACCUGGAAUACUCAAACAGCCAGCACUUACACUUGAACUUUUCCCUAAUCAUACAGACAAUCUUAAUUCCUCACAGAAGUUAAGCCCCACUUCCCGCCUAAAGAAGUUGCCUCAGGGCCGGACUCUUCCACCACUGGGACCAGAGACCAAGGUCUCUGUUGUCUGGGUUGAACGUUAUGAUGAUAUAGAAAACUUUCCCCUUUCUGACCUGAUGUCAGAGAUCAGCACUGGUGUAGAAACGACCUUAAACAGUAGCACUUCUCUGAGAACAACCACCAUUGAAAAAGAAGUUCCUGUCAUUUUCAUCCACCCUCUAAAAACUGGAUUAUUCAGAAUAAAAAUUCAAGGAGCUACUGGAAAGUUUAACAUGGUCAUCCCACUGGUAGAUGGGAUGAUUGUCAGCAGGAGAGCACUUGGUUUCUUAGUGAGGCAGACGGUAAUAAACAUUUGUAGAAGAAAGAGGCUAGAAAGUGAUUCCUACAAUCCUCCCCAUGUGCGACGAAAACAGAAAAUUGCAGACAUUGUGAAUAAAUACAGAAAUAAGCAGCUGGAGCCAGAAUUUUAUACUUCACUUUUCCAGGAGGUUGGACUCAAGAACUGUAAUUCUUAAACCAGUCCUCCAAAGACAAUGAUUAGAUCAGAGUUUGGUGGCUACCAGAGGGAACCAUGGAAAUGUUACUAGUAUUGACUGGAAGAAAAAAUAUCACCACCAAAAAAAAGAAGAAGAAAAGCUUAUCUUUCAAUCACCGAAACAGAAGAGACACCAUUAUAAGUACAACUUUACUUAAGAAGAUUUUCUGCUUUCUGGUGAGAGGAGGUCUCCCAAACACAAUCAUAAACCCCGCAGCAGGGUGGUAUAAAUUUUAUCCAAUAUGACUUUCUUUUUUUAAAGUGACAGUUUUACUUAAAUAGUACAUUUUGGGAGAAACUGUAAACGGCUCUGAUAAAACGUGUUCAUCGAGAGACGGGAAUAGCAUAACAUGGGUUAUAAACUAGUGUUUGGAGAUAGUUUCACACAGCUCACUUUUCCAGGAGGUUCAGUACAAAAUUGGUUCCUCUCCUAGAAUCUCCAAAGACUGAUUCCCCAAAUCCAGAGUUUCUUGUGCUGGGGAGAAAAGCAAGAAGAAUUCUGACCUCUUAUUCUACUUACCAUCAGCUUUACAGAAAGAAAAAUCCAUACAUAUCUCUCGUGCAGAUUUUUUUUUAAGUCCGACUUUCAAAUAUUCAUCUUUAUGUAUCAAAAAGACAACAAAUAUGUCCAUGUCACCAUCAUUCUACUCGUUUUUACAGAACAUCUGUCUAAGAACAACCACUGGUUACCACAGAAGGAAGCCGUCAGUAGCAUAUCCAGAGUAGGGUCCUACUUUCUACAUUCCUGGCAGUGUAGAAAAACACCAAGUGAAAAUUUACAUAAAAUCAAUGAAGUAGUCACUCAACCUGUGCCCAGUUCAGUGUAGCAGAAAGAAGAAAGGUGUUUAUAAAAACACUGGGAAAGGAGAAUUGAAAUGUUACAAAAUUACUUGUUGGUUUCAAUAAAUUUCAGCUCACAACUACUGUUGAAAAUGAUUUGGCUUCAGAUCUAUCUUUAUAUCAGGACCCAACAGAAAAAUGUAUACUGAGAACAUGUGAUUAGAAAUUUUGAGAGUUUGAACUAAAUCGCAGUGAUGCAACUAUAGUGCAAAAAGUGAUUGCCUGUGACCCAGGAAUGUACCGGCAUUAGUAACCACAUUUCUGGGUUCCUAAAAAAAGUAUUUCUGUUUGUCAUUCGUUCUGUGUUCUAGGCUUUGCUAAUCUAAAGAUUUGCUACAAAUUAAAAUACCUACUAUGAUUUUAGGCAUUCCCCCUCUGCUGGACUUCUACUUUUCUUCCCACAAUGAAGGGUUUUUUGGAAGAUCUAAAGUAUUCUUGUUGUGAUUCCCAUAGCACUGGAAGACAGUAUUCUUUCUCUUUUCUUCCCCUUAUCAUUAUUGAAGAUUAUUUUAUUUUCGGGUAUUUAAGUGACCAAUUUAGAGUCAGAGAAUAUUGAUCAUACUUCUUUCCACUGAUAUUUUUCACCUUUACACAAAACACUGUCAUUAGAUAUUGUGUUCUGUUUGGUUUUAUGUUUAGUUUAGCUUUCCCCACCUACCUUCCUCUGCUCAGGUCCAGAUCAUCUUAUUCAAUAAGGUAUGUGAUUUGCCCUCUGCAGGCAGAGAUGUGAAGUAGACAGCUUUUGUUCUAAGUUUGCCCUGCAGGACCUUUUUUUUUUUGUCUUUAACAUCCAGGUCAUUUCUUCCUACUCACCUUGUUUCCCCCCACUAAUACAAUAAAAUUCUAAUGACUGUUUCUUUCCUUUCAAGCUGAAUCAGAAUUAGACAUUUUCAAAUUACUAAUGUAAUGGGGGAAACAGAUGAUCCGUUUGUUCCAUCAUGAAAAUAAAGUGACUGUUUCUGUGAAACCAUAUAGGGCAUCAGGGUUUGCACACUGCAAGGAAAAACUGAUCUUACCUUUUAGUUUAAUCAGUCAAGAAGACUGUAGGACUGACAUCUUUUGAAAUCCUAACAUUUUAAAGUCAUUGCCCGAUGUCAUGCUUAUCCAGUAUUCUUCAAAUAAAACUUAAUUUUAGCAAAAGUGUUGCUGUCAGGAAAAUCUGUAUUUAUAAAAAAAAAAGAAAAUGUUCCUGACCUGACUUCCCUUUUGCUAACAUUUCUGGCAUUUCUGUGUAAUGUUUCCUCUCUAACAAAUAAGCCAUGAAGGGCGCCAUGUUUGUGAAACAGGAGUUUUGUAUGUUGUUAGUGGAAGAAAAACAGUGGGGCUCAGUGACCUUUAAACCCUGAAAAUCAAAAACCCCAAAUCUAUGUCUUAAGCAAAAAUGGAAGUAAAUUCUGCCUUAGUCCCCAGGGGCUCUCCAUGUUGGAUCACAUUACAUGACCUAGAGGUGGGGUCAAAGUAACUGCUCACAGCCACAGAGGAAGUGUCGAUCUGAAUUCCUAGAUGUUUGCACAGUGUCGGGUUGAGUGCAUGAUCACUGCUCUUGCCCACCAUCUCUACUAUAUAAAGACCAUUUUGGUUAAUUUGGCCUGUGACCAGAAUAUUUAGUCCACUGAUUAAAUGGCAUGGCCAGUGCAUGUUAUCACCUGCCACAUAAGAAGUCUUUACUAUUCCAUACAACUGCAUAUGCUCAGUAAUCACUUUUGAACAUCAAAAGCUACUUUAGUUUACUUCAUCUAUAAUAGAUUUGUCUCAAAAAUAUAUUUAGUCACCAUAAGUGACUUUGCUAUAGGUAACUAAUGGGCUGUUUGGCUUACACUGGAGGAUGAAUGUGUUACAUGAACAAAGGGUAGAGUUGCAGAAUUCAGUUCUUAAGGCAGCCUCUGUAACAUACAUCAUACAUACACACGCACACACACAUAUUUCUGAAGGUAAAUUACUGCUAUGAUGUCUUCUGGAAUAAACUGCCAUGUUUCUUCCAUUGUUAGUAGCAGUUCUGAAAAUGAACAAGGAUGAGUGAUGGUCAGUGUUCUCAUGUGUUAAUGCCUCUCUUGACUACUUAUCCUCGUAUUUAUUUGCUCUUUCCUUCAUUAACCAUUCACUCCAUUAUCCUACAGUUUCUCCUAUGUAGACAGUAUAAUUAUGCAAUGUUUUUCUUCUCCCCUUUUAGUAUUUUCAAUUCUGAGGAGUUGUUUCCAUCCCUCUCCUCCACCAAUCCCCUUUCAAGAAAUGCACGGUGGUUAGUAAUGGAAAAUAAUGAAUGUUGGCUAUAGAUUGGCCAGGUUAUGAGGCCUUCACAAACUGUUACCUCUUCCGCACUUGUUGGGAAGUUUUUGCUGCUUUUCAACUACCCAAAAGCAUCUGUAGAACUUAAUAUUAUUGGAAAGUUGCAUUUUGCUCAGAAUGGCGAGUACAGCUGAGCUGGCUGGCAGAAUAUAUAAUUUUGUGAUUUUUCACACUACAUACUUAUUUGGUGAUUAAAUUUUUCCAUUUAAAUUAAAAAAAACCAUUUUCAGUCCCAUUUAAGCACUGGAUUAUAUCUUCCUGAAAGUAUUGUCUUAUGCAUUUAAACCAUCUCAAGUGCUUUCUGUCUUUAGAGAGUCGCUGCAAAGACAAAUCUUGGGAAAUACUAUUUGUAGAACAAUGAGUCAAACUGAGUUUCUCAGCAGAUACAUCUGCUUCACCAACAAUACUCGCUCUCUUACAUUGUGUCCCUAAACUAAUUUUCUUUAUUAAAUGGUUUUUAACAAAGGGUGUCGUUUGAAAUUCCACAUCUCAAGACUUGUCUCUAGACGUGAAUGGAGGGCAUCUUUCUCAGGCUUUGUAGUUGUGGCUGGCAGUGAGCAGUAGCCAUUAUUUGCUUGAAAUCACAAUACAAUUUGUAUGAACUUCUGUAUGUUGCCAAGACAUGAUCUUUUUGUUGUUAUUGUAUUUUCUGUAAAUAUUUCUGGCACUAAGUUGUAAAGUAAAGACAACAUGUAAAUAUGAAGAUGUGAACUCUGUUCCCUCCUCUCUAGUAUUUUAUCUCUUUGUUAGAGAAGGCACAGAAGCUUGUUUGUAUUUAUGCCGAUUCUUUGUCCAGAAGAAACACAUGGAAUAUUGAAUGUAACACAUUUAGUCCAUUAAAUUUUAAGGAGAUUCUUAUCUAA